AGUUUACAUACCGAAUCUGCUUUGCUCAAAGGGCCAAAACUCUGCAGAAACUGGACUAAAUGCUGAAAACUAAAAACCGGAACAUAUUUUUUUAAUAGAACCAAAUUAAAACCUUAUUCUACACAGGCGUUGCUCAACCUCGUACUACCCUUUGUAUUGCCUUUGCAGGCUACGUGGUAUAUUUGUAAGGCUAGCAGUGAGCUUCUGACUGUUAGCUGAAUUAGCUUGAGGCUAAACUCGGUCAGUGGGGGAGAUCUGAGCUGCUGGACCCGGACCCGGAGUUCAGAGGAUGGACAGUGAAAUCCAAAGAGACGGGAGAGUCCUGGACCUCACCGAUGAUGCCUGGAGGGAAGACAGGCUGCCGUAUGAAGAUGUCACCAUCCCUCUGAGUGAGUUGCCUGAGGCUGAGCAGGACAACGGAGGCUCCACAGAGUCUGUGAAAGAACAAGAGAUGAAGUGGACAGACCUCGCCCUGCAGAGCUUGCAUGAAAACACACCGAGCACUGGAAGCUGAAAGACUCAGACUGUAGGACAGAAACACACAUGGACACAUGUAAAUCACCAUCUUUUUGCAUUUUAUUGU